UUGCCUUUCUCACUCACUUUACCUUACUAUCCUUGUCUUUCUCUCUUUGUUUUCUCAUCCUUGCCUUUCACUCUCCCUCUGUGCAAUCCCGUACUCGAUCAUUUUCUAACCCUCUGUGCCUUGCCAUCGUUGCCUCUCUCUGUCGCUUCGUGUACUUGGCUCUCUCUCUGCACCUCCCCAUACUUGGCUCUCUCUCUGCACCUCCCCAUACUUGGCUCUCUCUCUGCACCUCCCCAUACUUGGCUCUCUCUCUGCACCUCCCCAUACUUGGCUCUCUCUCUCCCCCAUGCACUCUCCCCUCCCCCUUGGCUCUCUCUCUGCACCUCCCCAUACUUGGCUCUCUCUCUGCCUCCCCAUGAAAUGGCUCUCUCUCUGCUCUCUCUCUGCCUCCCCAUACUUGGCUCUCUCUCUCUCUCUCUCUCUCUCCCCAUAUAUUGGCUCUCUCUGCAAACGCCCAUGCUCCUCUCCCUGCCUCCCCAUACUCUCUCUCUCUCUGCACCUCCCCAUACUUGGCUCUCUCUGCUCUCUCUCUGCACCUCCCCAUACUUGGCUCUCUCUCUCUCUCCCCAUUUUUGGCUCUCCCCCCAUACUUGGCUCUCUCUGCUCUCUCUCUGCACCUCCCCAUACUUGGCUCUCUCUCUCUGCACCUCCCCAUACUUGGCUCUCUCUGGCUCUCUCUCUCUCUGCCCUCCCCAUACUUGGCUCUCUCUCUCUCUCUCUGCACCUCCCCCUCUCUCUGCAAUAACCCAUCUCUCUCUCUCUCUGCACCUCCCCCUCCCCAUACUUGGCUCUCUCUCUCCCCAAAUCUCUCUCUCUGCACCUCCCCAUGCUUGGCUCUCUCUCUCUGCUCCCCAUCUCUCUCUCUGCACCUCCCCAUACUUGCUCUCUCUCUCUCUCUCUGCACCUCCCCAUACUUGGCUCUCUCUCUCUCUCUCUGCACCUCCCCAUACUUGGCUCUCUCUCUCUCUCUGCACCUCCCCAUACUUGGCUCUCUCUCUCUCUCUCUGCACCUCCCCAUACUUGGCUCUCUCUCUCUCUCUCUGCACCUCCCCAUACGUGGCUCUCUCUCUCUCUGCACCUCCCCAUACUUGGCUCUCUCUCUGCACCUCCCCAUACUUGGCUCUCUCUCUCUCUCUCUGCACCUCCCCAUACUUGGCUCUCUCUCUCUCUCUCUCUCUUUGGAUAAGACUAACUACAUCUGACAGCAAGGUGCUGAUAUGCCACCAAACCAAACCAAACUUCUCUCUCAAACUUCUCUCUCUCUCUCUCUGUUUCUCUUUUUGCACCUCCCCACUUUGCAUUUCUCUCUCUGUCUCUCUAUGCCUCACAGUAGUUGCUUCUCUCUCUCUUUGUACCUCUCCAUCCUUGCCUCUCUCUCUGCCUCUGUACCUCUCCAUCCUUGCCUCUCUCUCUGCCUCUGUACCUCUCCAUCCUUGCCUCUCUCUCUGCCUCUGUACCUCUCCAUCCUUGCCUCUCUCUCUGCCUCUGUACCUCUCCAUCGUUGCCUCACUCUCUGCCUCUGUACCUCACCAUUGUUGCUUCUCUGCAUAA